CUAAGAGAAUUCUUAAGCAAAAAACAUUGUAUACAUCACGUUUACAAAUUAAGUGGAAAUAGAAAUUUGAGAAGUUUUCCUAACCAAAAAAAUGAAGAUCACUAACUCUCAGAAAAUCAAGUUAGCAUGUUCGUUCCUUCUUGUAGCAGUGUUGCUGCAAAUCCUUGCGAUGAAAGUGGAAGCGGGGUGUUCAGGUGCAGUGUGUCCACCUGCGUGUCCUUCACCAUGUGUUUGUGGAUUUACCGAUGGCUCACUAAAAAGGUGUUGCAACAUCUAUGACGCUCCAUGUGAUCCUUUAGCACCAACAUACGAGUGUUGUGAUGGACUUACAUGUCUUCAAGUUACACCCGGAGUAUUUAAAUGCAAAGAAAAAUGUGAAGACCACCCAAAUCAUGAAUGUUAUCCUGGCCUUUACGAAUGUUGUGAAGAUUCUGGUCUUUCAUGUGUUUCGAUGGGUGGUGAUACAUACAACUGCGUUUAAGUGUGAAGUCAACACAAUUGCCAUUUUUCAUACACCUCAUCAACCCACGAAAAUGGAUAUGGCCUACGUAACUUUUAAUUCGAUGUUCUUUUAUGUGUUUUUUUUUUGUUAAUGACGUGUGCUUUGUGUGAUUUCCUUCGCAUUUUAUUUUCACAGUUUGUGGUUGGAUUGGAAAUCUUUGUAACUUCUGAUUGUGUUAUCAAUACUUAACAUUUACUAGAUCUGCGGACUGCGGACUAGAAAUAGUUGAGUUGUAUUUUAAAACGAGUGCAUUAUAAAAACGUUCAUUUUAAUUUGUUGCAA